UUUGAUGCCAGCAGAAAAAACACUUCAGCUACUCAUCCAGCAAACAGAUAAUUUCUGCUCACUUCUGUUAGAGGACUAUUUAGAGGACAAACAGCAAAGCCAUGGUUCACUUGUCUGUCAUGUUGGUGGUUCUGUUUUCUCUCCACACUUCAGCUAUCACUUCUCUCAAUGGAUCCGGACUCCUCCCCCGUACUUUUGCUGGUCACCUUGUUGAGUCCCCUGAUGAUCUUGUGGACUAUGUUGACCUGUCUGUGUCUGAGGAUGAAGACUCUGGCUCGGGGUCAGAGCAGCCACCAGAGAGAAAACACAUCCACCAGGGUCCACACCCCCACCACCAGAAAAGCUACCACGUCUCAAAGGAAGCAAAACAUUUUCUGCAGGGUCACCUGGCAACAAAGCUGGUCCCUACUGUUUACACCCUUGUUUUUAUCAUUAGUGUGCCCUUAAAUCUUGCCGCCAUGGUGAUGUUUGUGCGCCACAUCCGUCCUAGAAAACCAGCAGCGAUCUACAUGCUGAACCUGGCCUGUGCUGACCUGCUGUUUGGCCUGCUUCUCCCCUUUAAGAUUGCCUACCAUUACAACAACAAUGACUGGAUCUAUGGCUCUGUAAUGUGCAGAAUAGUUACGGCAGCUUUCUACUGCAACAUGUACUGCUCCGUCCUGCUUAUGACGUGUAUCAGCGUGGACCGUUUCCUGGCUGUGGUUUACCCCAUGGACUCACUGAUAUGGCGAAGCCCUCAGACUGCUACAGCUGUGUGUGCCGCCAUGUGGCUGUUAGCCCUCGGAGGAGUUUCCCCCCUCCUUAUCUCAAGCCAAACCAUGCAUAUAUCAAACCUGGGCAUCACCACCUGCCAUGAUGUACAGGAUGUGAAAAAAUUACAAGCUUACUACCUUUACUUCUUUCCCAUCUACUCCUCUAUCUUUUUCUUUGUACCUCUUAUCUUCACUGUUGUCUGUUACGUACGAAUCAUUCAGGCCCUGCUAGCAGCCAAUGUGGCAAACCGCUCAAAGAAGACUCGAGCCGUGGUGAUGGCUGUGGUCGUGCUGGCGGUGUUUGUGAUCUGCUUCACCCCCACCAACAUCAUCCUCAUGGUUCAUUACAUCCAGCUGUCCCACAAGUCCAGUGACAGCUCCUAUCAGGCGUACCUGCUCUCCAUGUGCGUGGGCAGUCUGAGCUGCUGCCUGGAUCCUGUCCUCUAUUACUUUGGCUCCUCUCAGUGCCAGAGGCAGGUGUUAGCACUGCUCAGAUGUCGCAGACUGGCAGGGGCAGAAAGCAGAUCGGAGACACAGAGUACGAGGAGCAGUGGGUGGACAGACAGCACCAGGUCAUGUAAGAUGGAGAGCCUUCAAGCAGGCCUGGCGAGCCAGUACAGCAAGCUGGUGGCAUGAGGAGUCUGCCUUUCAGUGUGAAACUAAAAACUAGACAUACCCCACAUCUUUAUGUAAAUCAUUUUAAAGGAGAGAUGAUGAAAAGUCUGUAUGAACAGCAGCUAGCAAGGGGCUAACGUUAACACAUGUAAUAAAAGCUAACUCGGCAUUAGCUUUGAAUGCAGUUAUAUUGAGUUACUCUGCUGUACAAGAACAGUGUUGUUCUACUAUGUUAGUCCUGCCUGGAUCACAAAUUUCUGUCCAAGUUCCAACCCAAGACAGUAGAAACUGAGCCCCGCAGGACGCCCAAGCUGUCAUUUCCCUGUUAUAGCCUGCUUGUGUACAAGUGAUAGGACUGUGAUUGUUUUUCAUCUUUAGGUAAGUUGUUUAAACAAACAUAAUCAAAAUGUGAUUAGCUGUUCCUUACAUACACACAGUCAGUUGUAGCAUACAAGCUGCAUGUAACACAUACAACCCUUAGCUUUACGCUAGCUCCAAUUUAGCCUGUUAGCUUAAACCUUACAACAGCCAACUAACAUCCCCCACAGAUAAUACCAACAAGCCAUUACAACAGACAAUUAACCAGCAAUCUGUUUUCAUCAGACGUCACAUUAAAACUCAAAAUUUGAAAUGAAACUUGAGUCUUACCGUCCAACUCUAACCUGACACGCAAGAUAAGUCUGUUUCAUAUGUCCAUUGCAUGAAUAUGUUUCACAUUCAUCUCGGGAACCUCCCAGAGAAAGCAUUUGGGAAGGGCAGGACUUUGCAAAAGGUUCUUGGAAGGUGAUUGGACAAAUGUUCUGUCUGUCACAUUCAUUAGAGGCCAAUUAGAGUAACAACAAAAUGAGGUUGUAUGCAUGCACAGCUCUGCAACAAACUGACAGGCUAAUGCUGCCGUUGUGGAUGAAAAGCAAAUGAUGAGGAUAAAAUUUUUGCUGAGGUUGGUCAGGAGAAGAAAAUGUCUUCUCUGCCAAGAGAAGCUUUCAGUGUGUCUCUUUGCUCUUGUUUAAAUAAACUGAUAUGAAACAAUUCUGAUAAACCGACGCUUUUCUACAGCCACAUUUGAGUUAAUUGUUUCAGCCGUAGCAGCCACCGUAUCAGCUUACAGUACAACUCAACCCACCUGUAACAAUCCCAAACUCAUGCUCAGGCAGGUUGAGAGGAGAGCAAAAACAUCUCUCAGCAUGGCUGUGCUCUUGUUUUAGUAAAGAAAUGUGAUCUAGUACGGAUAAAACUGCCGCUAUACUAUAGCUACUAUAUUUGGCGCUUAUUGCCACACUGGCAGAAGCCAUUGCUAAUGGCUUCAAGUACAACCAAAACCCCAUCCAUAGCUACUGCCUCCUCCUCUUCAAAUGAUGCUAAGUGUUUUGAACCUUUUUCGGUAUGGCACAGACAUUGUGGAUUGGAUUGGAGCUUCGCAAGAUGGAUUUGCCUGAUGACAAAGAUGGAUGAUGGCAAAUCCAUCUGCUUUGCAGGGCUAGUCCAAUUUAUCAUUUGUAGCCACUCUUCACUUAAAACUCUAAAAUCCAACCAUAAUGGUUCAUUUGGAGUAGUGGAGGACAGAGAAAAACAUCCACUGUAGUUAGUUCAGUGCGGUCCUCUAGUUCAGUGGUUCCCAAAGUUGGGGGUGGGGAACACCAGGGGGGCCACGAGACAGUGAUGGGAGGUCGCAGGAUAUGUUCCAUAAAACAAAGAGAAUUUUAAUAUGAACUGAAAUCAUACAUUUUAUAUUAUUGUAAAGAAAUAUUGUUAAAAUGAGUCCAAUUGAAAAUUAAAAUGUAGUUAUCAAACGAUAUGUUUGCUUAAAAGUAAGUAAGAGUUUUCAAAUCUACCUAAAAUGCAAGUUUUGUACAUGAUGCUUUGUGCAACAUCAUGCACUUUAUCCUCCUCAAGGGAAGGUUUGGGUCCCUGAUCUCUGACGCUGUUAUUUUUGGGGGUCAUGGGCUAAAAAGUUUGGGAACCCCUGCUCUAGUUCUUGGUCUUCCUGCAGCUGAAGUUAGGCUAAUGGCUACUGCUGUGUGUUUAUGUUGCUAAACUGUCUCUAGUCCUCUGGGUUUUGGCUUCAUUAUGACCUACAAGAUUAUUAAAGUAAAAUCUUUCCAUACCGUCAUUGUCCUGCAUAGUUUUGAAUGUCAGGGCUAUUGCCUCCCCAACAAGCUGGGGGGGG